UCAGUCUACCGCAUCCUCUUUCUCCAGGACGAAAUCCCCGACCCGCUGCGUCCCCUGACCGACGCUGAGGUCCACCAUGCCAUCGAGAAAUACCUGCACCGCGAGGACGAGACUCUAGCUGCUCUCAAGGCCGAACGCCGCCCAGGACGCCCCAAGAGCACCAAGCACAACCUGCUAGAACAGCAGCAGGACCAGGAACAGAAAGAGUACGAGUCCGGCUUCUGGAUACCCGAUAUGCGCGACGAGGCCACCCUUACAAAACUACGCAACUGGAAGGGCGAGUGGAUUGCUCUGAGCCCUCUUAGCUACGUAAGAGUCGAGAAGUCUGGCAAGAUCAACGAGAGUGCCUUCCCACCCAAAGGUGCUGCUUGA